CUUUUCGUUUCUUGAUUAUUAUUUUUCAUUGGACGACCUUGCCUUACCAUUGUUCGUGGGUGCCCACUUUGCAGCUUUUUUUGUCCUCUAUCUCUUCUUCUUCUUCAACCUCUAAGUUUUUAUAUUUAUAUAUAUAUAUACAUGUUCGUAUAAAUAUAUGAAAUUUCUUUUUUUGGUUGUUUUCUUUUAGUUUCUUUUGUAAUGAUUUUCUCGUUGUUGAGGAAUCUGAGCAGUUGUAGGUUUGAAAAUAGUAGCAGUUUUAGGUUUUGAUAUUGAUCAUUUGAUCUUCGAAAAAAGAAGAACAAACGGCUCUUUUUUUCUCGGUUGAUCUUUGAUCUUUUUGUUCUUGAAUUUUGUAUUUUGCAUAUAGAAUUUGUAGUUUUUUUGAUCAAUGUCUCAACCAAGACAGUUUCAGAUGAUGGGAGGACAGUACAAUGACACGACUUUUACGAAAGUUUUUGUGGGUGGUUUGGCUUGGGAGACACAGAGAGAUACUAUGAGGCGUUAUUAUGAGCAGUUCGGAGAGAUUCUUGAAGCUGUUGUUAUUACAGAUAAGAACACUGGAAGAUCCAAGGGUUAUGGCUUCGUUACAUUCAAGGAUCCAGAGGCGGCCAUCAGAGCUUGCCAGAACCCGUCUCCCGUCAUCGAUGGACGAAGGGCUAACUGCAAUCUUGCAUCACUCGGCGCGCAGAAGACCCGUCCGCCAACUCCUCAACAUGGGGGAGGACGGUUUAGAGCAGGAGGGGCUGGGGUGGUGGCUCCACAUGGUGGUUAUCAUGGUUCAUCAUCUUCCUACAUUCAUCAACUUUCUGGGCAGUACACAUUUCCUUAUUCAGCUUAUGGGUACACUGGAGGAUAUUCACCAGACACCAUUUACCCUAUGAAUUACUAUGGGGUUUAUGGAGGUCAACAAUUUUCACCUUAUUACUCAACUGGAGCAUCAGCAGCAAAUCCAGGGAUGUUUCAUAAUUUCUACCCAUAUUAUCCACAGAGUAGUCAAGCUCAUGGCUAUGGAGUUCAGUAUCCUCAUCAAGUGGUGCAAUAUCCUUAUUUACCUCAUAAUUAUGGCUCCUCAGGAAUUCUGUCUCUCCCUUCUUCAGUUUCAACGCCAGUAUUGCCAGCUACUGUUACCACAGUAGCUGCUGCCACGACAACGACAACGACUGCAGUGGGAGGAGAACCGGUUGCAUUGCAAGGCGGUUCCGGAGCGACUUCUGAACAGAAUUCAUCAACCUAAUUUGUGCAACAUUUUAUUGUCUUCUUACAAGACUAACAACAGUUGAAACGGGACUUCGAGAGCAACUGAUUGAAGGGAAUAGGAUGUCUGAUGAGCUAGAAAAACAUUCUAGUAUUCGUUCAUCGUCGAAAAACAGGCAUUUGAGGUGCAGAAUGAUCAUACAUCCUUUGGCUAAUUAGGAGAUUAGAGAGUCUUAAAUUAAGUAAUUGAUAGCAUUAGGAAAAAUCAUAUUCAUUUUAUGUAUUAGCAGCAUAAGGUAGAAACCAAAAUUGGCAUUGGAUUCUACCUCAAAAUACUGAUUAUGUCUCGGUUGCAGAGAGCAUCCGAUGACAUACAUGUCUAUAUUUCAAAGUUUUUUGGGUUAGAAGAUUAAUUUUGUAUCUUUCAACCCAUAAAUUGGUCAACAAGAAAAAAGAACAAAAGUUGAGCUUGGAUAGCUCAGCUUAUUAACUUGUAAUUUUUUGGUUUCUUCAUUAUUCAUCAUUAAAAAGAACAAUUCAUCUCUUUUUCACCUUUUAA